UAUGAUUUCUUCCGGUGUCCCUUGCACGUUCUCUCAGCUUUAUCAGGAUAAUGUCCACGAGCUCUCAUGUAAAUCAACUAUAAGAUAAUAAAUGCGAACUUUCAACUGUCUCUUGCUGGCUUAUUUUCUGCAGUCAGAUCGGAGCGUUAUAUGAAUUUGUGCAACAGCUCGUCCAUGAUGUGUGAGCAGGAAUCGUGUGAUAUCGUGAUUGUGGGCGCAGGUCUCUCUGGACUCAGCGCUGCACGCGAGCUGCAAAAAAGAAAUAAGCAACUGAAAGUGCUCGUGCUGGAAGCCAAAGAUCGUGUCGGUGGACGAACCGUAGGUGAAAAUUUACCAGCCGCCGAUGGCACUGAUCUUUGGGAUAUGGGGGGACAGUGGGUUGCCAGCUCACAGACUCACGUUAUGGAGCUUAUACGAGAAUUUGGUGUGGAGGUUUACCCGCAAUUCACCAAGGGCAAGAAGGUGCAUCACAUGGGUGGACCGCACGCCAAAAUCACUACCUACACUUCUAGCAUCCCAUCGUAUUCCCCUCUGGUUAUGUUGGAUUUCCUCCAGUUUCUCUGGCGGAUUAAUAGACUCACGAAGACCGUAUCAGUGGAGGAUCCGAUGAGUUCUCCUAAUGCACAGCUUUAUGACAGCAUGACCCUUCAUUCCUACAUGGAACAACACGUGUGGACCACAGAGAUAAAAGAGGAGAUGGGCUUGUGUAGUCGUGCCGUGUUUGGCAUGGAACCCUUGCAGCUCUCCUUCCUUUACUUUCUCAUGUACUCCGCUGCAGCAGGGGGCGCCCUAAAACUGUUGGAGGCCACACCCGGUUCAGCUCAGGAGUUUAGGGUCAAGGGUGGCACUCAGCAGCUGUCACAGAAGCUGGUGGAGCAGAUCGGAAAAGAUCGAGUUCGUCUGAGUUCCCCUGUAAUGACCAUCUGUCAGAAUUCAGAGAAUGUAGAAGUUAAGACAUCUGGAGGCACGGUCACUUGUAAUGCUGUCAUUGUUACCUGUCCUCCACACAUGGCAGCCCAGAUCCACUAUGAGCCUGCCCUGCCAGCUGAACGCCAGCGUCUCACCCAGUGUGCGCCCGUCGGCCACAUGUUAAAGUUUAUCAUCACGUACCCGACUGCGUUUUGGAGAGAAAAGGGAUUCUCGGGAGAAAUCGUGGCUCGCCCCUCCAAGGAUUGCCCUUUAAGCGUCACAUUUGAUGCCACCAGCCCCAGAGGCAAUCCUGCGCUGGUGGGAUUCAUCGCUGGCGUACAGGCUCGUGACUGGUGUGGAAGAGAGAUGGAGGAAAGAAGAGCCGCUGUCGUUUCCAAUCUGGUGAAAUAUCUCGGCCCUGAGGCGUCCAACUACAUUCACUACCAGGAAAAAGACUGGGCGAAAGAGGAAUACAGUGGAGGAUGUCCUGUGAAUGUCAUGGCCCCUGGGAUGCUAACCUAUUACCACCCCAGUCUCCGAAAGCCCUUCGGCAGGAUUUAUUGGGCAGGCACGGAAACGGCUACCGAAUGGUGUGGUUACCUCAGCGGGGCGAUUCAGUCUGGUCAGCGGGCAUCUGUGGAGGUCCUGGCUCAGGUUUGCCCAUCCUCUCUGUCUCACCAAGAACUGCAGGCAGUGCAGGUUACCCAGAAGUCCUACGAUCAAAGAAAGGAUUCAGGAUGCAGGUCAUCUACAUCAUGCCGUCUCUUCACUGUGGUCAUGACUGCAGCUGCACUGGUGACCGCUUACCUGCUGGCCAGGCCUCAACUGGGACUUGGUGAAUGGAUUUGAUGGGAGUUGGUUAUUUUUCAAUAAUUUGUGUCUUGAACACGUCCCAUAAUGUAGAGCUUACAGUGCAUUUAGAAUGUUCUGGGAAAUUGAUUUAAAGCAGUUCAUCCAGAAAUGAUUUUGUCAUUAAAUUGUAUGUACUUACA